AUGAUGGUAGCCCACAUGGCGAUGGCGAUGGAUAGGGUAGCGCCCCACGCCCCGCGCAGCCUCACCGGCCGACAGGGACAGCGCCAGCUCGCGCGGUCUCGUCGCGCGUCCGCACUCCCGGCGAGCGACAAUAAAGUCUUCUCCUCCAUUUCUGGCUGUUUCAUCGGUCUCAGAGCGAGCCUUCCGCCCGCUGCACGUAGAGAGAGAGAGCUAGAGACGACGACGUCGACGGCAGCCAUGGCCGGAGCGGGCCGCCGCCGCGUGGUGUUCUUCCCGUUCCCGUUCCUCGGCCACUUCAACCCGGUGCUCCGCCUCGCGGGCGCGCUGCACGCGCGCGGCCUCGCGGUCACCGUGUUCCACACCGAGCAGCGGGUGCCGGACCCGGCCGACUACCCCGCGGACUACCGCUUCGUGUCCCUCCCCGUGGAGGUGCCCCCGGAGCUGGCGGCGUCCGAGGACAUCGCUAGGAUGGGCAUGGCCAUGAACGACGCCGCCGAGGCCCCCUUCAGGGACCGGCUGGCCGCGCUGCUCGCCGAGGAGGAGGCGGAGGACGGCGGCGUCCUCUGCGUCAUCACCGACGUCGUGUGGUACUCGGCGCAGGCCGUGGCCAGGGAGCUCGGCGUGCCGGCGCUGGGGAUCAUGACCGCCAGCGCCGCCAUCUUCCGCGUCUACAUGGCGUACCAGACCUUGAUUGACAAGGCCUACUUGCCCGUGCAAGAUGCGCGCAAGGACGAUCCGGUGGAGGAGCUGCCGCCGUACCUUGUGAAGGAUCUGCUGCGGCACGACACGAGCAAGCUGGAGGACUUCGCGGAGCUGCUCCGGCACACCGUCGCCGGGGCGCGCCAGUCCUCGGGCCUCGUAAUCAACACCCUGGGCGCCAUCGAGGCCGCCAACCUGGAGCGGAUCCGCGAGGACCUCUCCGUCCCGGUGUUCGCCGUCGCGCCUCUCCACAAGCUGGCGCCGUCGGCCAAGUCCAGCAGCCUGGGCGAGACGCAGGCGGACCGCGGAUGCCUCGGCUGGCUCGACACGCAGGAGCCCGGCAGCGUGCUGUACGUGAGCUUCGGGAGCCUGGCCGCCAUGGACCCGCACGAGUUCGUGGAGCUGGCGUGGGGGCUGGCGCUGAGCAAGCGGCCGUUCGUGUGGGUCGUGCGGCCCAAGCUCAUCCGCGGGUUCGAGUCCGGCGAGCUGCCCGACGGGCUCGGGGAGGAGCUGCGCGGGCGCGGCGUGAUCGUGAGCUGGGCGCCGCAGGAGGAGGUGCUGGCGCACCCGGCGGUGGGCGCCUUCUUCACGCACAGCGGCUGGAACUCGACGGUGGAGGCGAUAGCGGAGGGCGUGCCGAUGAUCUGCCACCCGCUGCACGGCGACCAGUACGGCAACGCCAGGUACGUGGCCGACGUGUGGAGGGUGGGCGUGGAGGUCGACGGCUCGCACCGGCUGGAGAGAGGGAGCAUCAAGGCCGCCAUUGGGAGGAUGAUGGAGAGCGGGGAGGGGCGGGAGAUCGGGGAGAGGAUGAAGGCGCUGAAGAUGGCCGCGGAGGAUGGCAUCGGCGAGCGUGGGUCGUCCCACACGCAUCUCAGCGAUUUGGUCGCUCUCAUCAAGUCAUUCUGACUGAAUAAUUCCAUAUAUCUAUAUGAUUUGGUUUCUCUCAUGUCGAAUAAAGGAAACUUAUUGAUUCGAUGGCACUCUGAUGUACAACUAGUAGAAAUUUCUGAAGCACAAGCCCGGAGCAAUAUGUAACAAGGAUGAUGAAAAUGUUAAAUGAUUGUGUCAAAUGAAGAACAUUGGUUCCUUUGUGA